AUGUUUCUUUCUAAAUUUGUUAAACCUAAGAACUUAAAAAUAUGUUCAUUAAAAUUAUUAUCUGAUGCUAGAAAAGAAACAUUUGUAUCAAAUGAAUUAGAACAUUUAGAUGAACAAUUUAAAAGUAUACCAAAAGAAGACAGAAGUAAGAUAACAUUUCAUGCUGUACUAGCUGCAUUUAGAAAAAAUAAUUCAAAUCUUCGUGGUAGUGUAGAAUUUAUAACAACAGCUUUAAAACAUAUGAAAGAUUUUAAUUUACACAAAGAUCUUGAUACUUAUAAAGCUCUUCUUGAUUCUUUUCCUAAAGGACCAUUAAUACCACAAACAAAAGCACAAAAAAUAUUUUUACAUUUUCCUCAACAUCAAAAUUGUUGUAUCAAAGUUCUUGAUGAAAUGGAAUGGAAUGGCGUUCAACCUGAUAAAGAUGUUCAUGAAAUAGUUGCAUUGACUUUUGGUCAAUGGAAUUUUGCUACAAAAAAAAUUAAGAGAAUGUUAUAUUGGAUGCCAAAAAUUAGGCAUACUAAUAAAUAUUUAGAUAAACGAGAAAUAGAUAAUAAGAAAUUAAAUGCAAUGGAAUUGGCAGAGUUAGCCUUAAAAAUGAUGUCUCGUGAUGCAGGAACAAAAAUUUCAGAUGCUCAAUCUGUAGAUAAAAAUGGCAAAGUAUCAUUUAUUGUUAGUGCUCAAAGCCCUCUUCAAAAAAGACUUCUAUUUAAUUUAGUUCAAGCUCAUUCAGACAAUGGAUUAACAUUGAAUAUUGAUGGACCUUCAUUAGUUUAUCUAUCAGAUCAUAAAAUAAAAUAUGUUGUUUUAUCAUGUGAUGAUCCAGAAUAUAGAGAAAAUGAAUCAACACUUCUUGAUAAUGAUUCUUAUUAUAAUUUAGAUGAUAUUGUUUAUGGUAUUGAAAAAGAAUUUAAAAAGACAAAAAAUAUUCAUCAACAAGGAGGAAAAGUUAUUUUAGCUUUAGCUGUUCUUGAAGAUAAUAGUAGAGAAUCUGCUAUGGCAUGGAUGAAGCACCUUCAAGAAGAUAAUCCUAAUUUAGAAAAAGCAACAAUACUUUUUAGAUUAAAAACAAAUGAUGUAGAUGUUAUUUAA